CUCCCGGACAGGUGCGCUCGUCCGUCGCUCGCCCCGGAGCCACCAUAGCCCUCUCGCGCGAGCUGUACUCGCCGGAGAUUUGGGGGGCGAUUUUCAAUUACGAGUUCUUCCGAUUUCACUUUGGAUGCUGGUGCGGCCUCUGUGAGCGGCGAGGACAAAGCUAGGCUGUUGCGUUGGGCACCCUUGGUUUAGCUUAGCAGUGGGAGUGAAGUUGGGGGAAAGGUUAGCUAGGGUUUGCAGCAGCGGGGAACUUGAGACGAACGGCGCCUAUGGUGAUUGGGACCAAGAAUCCUAGUUCUUUGGAUUCUAAAAUACGAAUCCUAGUUCUUUCCUUUCUCGCCCUUGGAGUGGUUCUAGGCAAUGGUGACUCCUCUAGCGAGCUUGGCGCCUCGAUUGGGGGAACGAAGUUCCUUUUGGUGUUGUCCAAUUUGGUGCUCCAUGAUUUGCCGGAAUGAGGACAAUGGACAAAUUUGUGCGAAUUUACAGCGGUGGGGAGCUGGUGAAGGGUCCAAAUGGGGUGGAAUUCGGGGACCUCUCCGAGCAGGGUAUAUGGUUCAAGGCAGCACCCACAUACAGUGAGCUGAUUGACGCCGUGUACAAGAAGCUUGGGCUGGAACCGGCGACACACAAUGUCCGCGCACAGGGGAGGACGAAUGUUGGCGGCGGUGCUCAUCGGCACUUCAUCAUGGUGCCUAUCGACGACGAUAUGUCCUGGAGUAACUAUGUCAAAGCAGUUUUCAAUGGCACCGACUGGAAUUGCCUGGAGGUUUAUGUUCAGGCAGAGAAGCAUCUAUCUCCAGAGCCGGUUUCCCCGGAGCCUGCAUUGCUGGACAGUGAACCACUGGAUGCGCAGCAUCAGAAUACCCCACCGCGAGAUCCAGAACAGGGUGCUUCUCUUUUUGCUCCUUCGAUGGUGACCGUCAAUGCACCAACCGUUCAUUCUCAACAUGCUCGACUACGAAGAAUAAGGAGCACCAGGGCCCGUGCUGGCAUUCGUGGGCGGUUUGCAGGUGAAGAGGUUCAGUCUGGUCAGAACCAGUGUGGAGCUUCAGGGACAGUUGAUACAACUAGCUCUCUUUUAAUUGGGCUGUAUGACGAGGUUCAUCGUGGCCGUGCUUUAGCAUCAGGCCAGCAUCUAAGUGAGCUCAAUCCUCGUAACCGUGAGCCUCUUCGGUUUGACAAGCGGUACGAACGUUACCUUAGGCCAGCUGGGUUGAUGGGGUUGGCGAAUAUUUGCAGGGCUGGACUGCCCUCCAUUGAUCGUGCACUCGUCUCUGCACUAGUUGAUCGGUGGAGACCUGAGACACACACUUUUCACAUGCCUUGUGGUGAGAUUACAAUCACACUACAGGAUGUUGCGAUGAUUCUUGGGCUACCUAUCUCUGGCCAUGCUGUCAUUGUAAACAAAACAGAGUCCUACAUUGAAUUGUACCAGCGUUACCUUGGGAAGGCACCUCCUUCAGAUAAGUCCCGUCCUGGGUUGAGGGUUGCAUGGGUCAGAGCUGAGUUUAAUAAGUGCCCUGAAGAUGCCGACGAGGAGACCAUAAAGCAGCAUGCAAGGGCAUACAUCCUUAGCCUGGUUGGUGGUCUAUUGUUUCCUGAUGCCUCUGGUGAUAGGUACACUGUCUAUCCCUUUCCGCUGAUAGCUGAUCUUGAGAACAUUGGUUCAUACAGUUGGGGUUCUGCCACUCUGGCAUAUCUCUACAGGGCAAUGUGUGAUGCUUGCAGGAGGCAAUCAGAUCAAAGUAAUCUGACUGGUUGCCUUCUGCUCCUUCAGUUCUGGUCAUGGGAGCGCUUCCCAAUCGGCAGGCCAGAUAUGCUAAAGCCGAAAUUCCCAAACGUCGAUGAGCUAGAGGAUGACAGGGAUAGACCCACGGUUGGUCUCAGAUGGGUUGUGGGGGCGUGCACGUAUCGGUCAGCUCCAGCACGUUGCUAUGAGCACUUUACAAAUGAGUUCGACCUAUUAACAGAUGACCAGGUUGUUUGGAGCCCAUAUAGGGAGGACCGCGUGAAGACACUACAUCUUGCACCUAUAUGUACCCAGGAUUCUCAUUUGUGGCUAACUCAAGCACCUCUAGUUUUUUUCUUCAUGGUGGAAGUUUACACACCGGAGAGAGUGAUGCGUCAAUUUGGUCUCCAUCAGGAAUGCCCGCCACCAUUUCGGGACACCAGCGUGGAACUCCAUUGGUGUUGUCGUGGAAAGGUCCGUAGUGAUUGGGCAGAUAAGCAUAAGUCUUUUGUGGAUAUGUGGGAAGUAAAGGAGCAGCAUGUUAUCAUGGAAGAACAACCAUACGAUCAUGCCAACUACAUGGAUUAUUUGCGGUGGUACAGACGGUCGACACGUAUCCGCCUCUGCACACCGAGAAUAAGUAAUGGCCACCAGGAUGGGGCAUCCGUGCGAACUGCAACAGCUGAUGAUGAAGAUUCUUUGCGUGCUUCAAAGCUUCGGUACACCCCCAGAGCUCAUCUGAUCCACUCAGUGACUGACAAACUCACUAUUCUGGCGAAGGAGGCAGCUUCACAAAAGGGGUGCUCCAGAGGCGAAUGUAGCGCUUUCAUUGAGCGAGUCACUAGAACGUGUGUAGAACUUGUUGGGGAACUUGGCGGGUCAUCACUUUGCGACAUUGCUGCGGCGGUUCCAGAUUCAACAACUAUUGCAGCUGAACAGGGGUCUGAGGGCCAGAGGGACACAGAGGAUGAGUUAAAUAACUCCAUGGUGCCUGAUCAGGAGAAUGAGUCGGGCCCUGUUUGUGAGAAGCGGACUCGAUUCCAGGUUGAUCAUACACAAGUGGACAGCAGGGUCCAUUCAAGGUCACCAAGCAAGAGGAGGAGGGGCGGACCAGCUCCAAGAUGAAACCUACUUGGGCUUGUGUGUUUCAGUCAUAUAAGGUCGUGGUCUGAAGAAAGGGUGUGAUGGUUAGCGACUCCAGAAGUUCAUGCCUCUGACAAGUUUAACAUUGGCUGCUAUAGAAGCGAUGGAGAUCGCAAAUCUGCAGUCAGAGGAGUAUGGUUCUCGUUUUCUAUUUUUUCUUGUAGGCAGUCGUAGCAUGGAUCCCGUGUUUAUAUGUCCAUGGUCUACAAUGAACUCCUCCGUUGGCACAGCCAUAUAGUGAACUAUUGCUCAUUCAUCCCAUUUGUGGGACUGAAACUUGAAGUGAACUCAUUCUAUCCGACUGGUGGUUACUCCCAGGCUUUACUGUCCCUGAUGCGCCCGGGAGCGCAUGUUGCAGAGAUUGACAGAGCAAUCGUCUCAGACGACAUAUGAGGUUUCCUCGGCACACCUUCAAGGAGUUUCCUCCACAUCUGAUUCUCCAGCAAAUGUGAUGUAUGAUCAGCUUUGCUUCGACCGGGGAAAAACAGAUAGGUUGUACAGUUUUGCUAGAGCUCAUUUAAAUGAGAUAUAAUUUGGUCUUAUUCAUCUUUUAUAGCCAUUGAAUGUGAUGCUAUAAGAUGCGUGUGUACUGAUGUGGAUUGUAUCUGUUAUUGUUUUUAAGGUAAAUGAGACCAAAGUAUAUCUCAUCUAAAUGAGUUCUAGGCACUCCCUAGGUUGUAACCGGUUCCGGACUGGUCCGAUGUUCCCCGCUUUUCUGGCUUCUUCAUCAUUGGCGGCGAUGACUGCUUCAGGGGAUGAGGCUUUAAUGUUGGUCCAUGGAACCAUUUGGUGUACUGAAUUGGGCAUGCUGACCUAUGCAUCUCCUUGGCCAUAGUUGCAAUUUGCAAAACCAAUACUGAUCUGCUGCUCAAA